AUGGACGCUUCUUACGCUAGCGAACUUGAGAUCCGCCUCCAUCCGCUAGUUCUCUUCGAAAUAUCGCAGCACUGCACGCAGCACUUUGUCUCGAAGGCGCAGCGGUGCAGCAAGCAUCGGUCUUCGCCGCCGCGAGCCUGUUCAGCAGGCCCUGAGGCCGCCCAGGCGGUCGAUGUAGCAGAGGCGCUGAUGCAAGAAGCGCCUACGGCGGUCGACUGCGACCUCGAGACGCGCCCCGAAGUCGAGACGCCGACCCUUCUUUGCGGAGCAGUUCUCGGCGAUAGUCCUUCGCCCAGCCUGACGCAUCUGCGCACGUCCUUUCCGCUGCCGGCGCCUCGCGGGUCGCGCGGUGAGGGUCGGCGAAGGCCCGUAGGAGCCUUGCAGGGGGGGGCUGACUGUGGCGCGCCGGGCGCUUCGCCAGGCGAGCCCGCCGGCGCGGCGCCUGCGCUCGACCUGGAGUUCUGCAGGGACCGAAUGCAGCAGUUCCUCGCCACCCACAGCGGCCUGUCUCUCGUGGCGCUCUAUGUGGUAUGCACCGAUGUGCGGAGCCCGACGCCCCUUCACGCCAGUCUCCGCCAGCAGGUGGCGCCUCUGUCUGGCGGAGACGUGGCGCUGCUGCUCUUCGACCCCACAGCCCUGGCGAAGCCCCAGGAGGUCGCACCGGCGCAGCCAACUGAAGACUUUCUCGCCGCGUACGCGACUGCCGAGCGUGUGGCAGCGGCGCUCCGCGGCUUCCGCAAGCUGCGACUGGAUAUCACCAUGGACGAGAUGGAAAGAAUUACGCUGGACUACGUGAUGAACCAGGCGGCGAGUGCGAGUGCGGAGUCGGCUGAAUACCGUUACCGACUGCAAAUCGCGCGCCAGAAGCAGGCCCUCGAGGACCUUCUGCGGCGCGUGAUGGAGCUGAGAGACUACGUGGCGGAAGUGCGCGCAGGCACGCGCCCUCGAGACGAACCUCUUUUGCGGUCUAUCAUGGCCUUCUGUCGUCGCAUGUGCGUCGCGAAGUCUCUCCCUGCUUCGUUUGGUCUUUCGCCGUCGCCCCAGAGCGCGUUGUUUUCGGCUGACUCGAUCUCUUGCGCGUCACCGCCUUCGUGCCCGUCACUGGGAUCUGCAGACUCUGCGGACAAGCGUUUGACGCCGUCGUCUGUCUGCUUACAGGAUAGAGAGAAGGACAGGGCAGGCGCCUUCAGUGAUGCCGCAGACGUCCCGGCAGAUUCUGCCAGUUCUGCACUGAACCCGGGAGCUGCCGCUGGAGCAGACGUGCCCGCCAUUCUGCGCGACCUGGCCUUCCUCACAGACGCCGCGAACCGUAGAGAAGGAGGCGAGGAAGCUGCUCGCGAGGCCCUCGUGAAUCAGAUGACGCUGCUCCUGUCUUCCAUGACUGAGGCUGUCGACUUGGCCACGCGUACGCACGAAAAGUUUCUGCUUUCGCAAGCGGCGGAGCCAAGCGGUGGCUCUAGCUCUCUCUCGCGCCACGGCCACUUCACAUGCGAAAGCGACUGCCUUGACCGGGUUUACCGCGAGGUAGCGGGCGGCAGAAUGAAGCGGCAGGACGCGAUUGAGAAGGAGCGAACUGCCCACGCGAGCAUCCACUCCAGCGAGGCCGUCGUCUCCCAGCGCCUUCAGCAAGCCUACGUGGAGACCGAGCGUGGCGAUGUCCCUGUACUGGCUCAGGGCGGCCUUCGGGAGAUUCAGAGACCUCCUCUCUCGCGCUAA